ACAGUGUGAGAGAGCAGCAGCAGAGCUGCAGUCGAGUCCUGUUUGUCUCUAAAAGAAGAUUCACUGGAGUCCAUCAGGUUUCUCUCAGCAACAGUGAGUGCAGACAUGUCUGCUGCCAGCAAUCUGCGAUCUGAAGAUCAGUUUCUGUGCUCCAUCUGUCUGGAUGUGUUCACUGAUCCAGUCUCUACACCAUGUGGACACAACUUCUGCAAAACCUGCAUCAGUCAGCACUGGGACAUGAAUCAGAGCUGUCAGUGUCCCAUGUGUAAAGAGACUUUCUCCACUAGACCUCAGCUGAGGGUCAACACUUUCAUCUCUGAGAUGGUUGCUCAGUUCAGACGUGAAGCUCAGCAGAAAGCCAGCAGCAGCAGCUCAGAGCAACAAGCUGCCAAACCAGGAGAAGUUCCCUGUGACUUCUGCACUGGAACCAGACUGAAGGCCCUGAAGUCCUGCCUGGUGUGUCAGACCUCCUACUGUCAGACUCACCUGGAGCCUCAUCUGACAGUGAAAGGCCUAAUAAGACAUCAGCUGAUUGAUGCUGUGGAGAACCUGGAAGGCAGGAUGUGUACAAAGCAUCAUAAACUUCUGGAGCUGUUCUGUAAGACCGACCAGACAUGUGUCUGCACGCUCUGCUCUGUUUUAGAGCACAAGAACCACGAGUUUGUUCCUCUGAGAGAAGAAUAUGAAGGAAAGAAGGCAGAGCUGGAGAAGACAGAGGCUGAGAUUCAGCAGAUGAUCCAGAAGAGACGACUGAAGAUUCAGGAGAUCACAGAGUCGGUGAAGAUGAGUAAAGAUGCUGCAGACAGACAGAAAGCAGAAGGUGUUCAGGUCUUCACUGCUCUGAUGGAGUCUGUUGAGAGACGCCUGAAGGAGCUCAUGAAGGAGAUCGAAGACAAACAGGAAACUACAGAGAAACAGGCUGAAGGUUUCAUCAAAGAUCUGGAACAGGAAAUCUCUGAGCUGAUGGAGAGAAGCUCUGAGGUGGAGCAGCUCUCACGCUCUGAAGACCACCUCCACCUCCUCCAAAGCUUCUCCUCCCUGAAAGCUGCUCCACCCACCAAGGACAGGACAGAGGCAAGAGUUCAUCCACCAUCAUAUGAGGGGACUGUGGGGAGAGCUGUGGAUCAGCUGGAGGAGACAGUCUGGAAACCCAUGAAGAAGAAGCUGUUUGAGGCUGAGCUGCAGAGGGUGCAGCAGCAUGAGGUGGAUGUGACUCUGGAUCCUGAUACAGCAAAUCCUGCUCUCAUCCUAUCAGAUGAUGGAAAACAAGUGUAUGAUAGUGAUGUGAGGAAGAAUCUUCCAGACAACCCAGAGAGAUUUUCUUACUAUGGUAUUGUUUUAGGAGAGCAGAGUUUCUCUUCAGGCAGAUUUUACUCUUAUUUUGAGGAGCUGUUUGGAUGA